UUGUUGUCUUCAGCUGUGUACAGAGUCAAGAGAGAGAAAAACACAAAUUUCAACAAAAAGAAAGAAAUCGAAGAAGACUCUGAUUCACGGAGAAGGUUUUGGUUUAAAGAAGGAGAAAGAUGAACACUCGCGCGAUCUACGCCGUCAUAGCGAUCCUCGCAAUCGUAAUCUCAUCCGUCGAAUCUAGCGGCGACUUCGUAGAUUCGCUAGAUUUCGUAAGAACCGCCGGAGGUUCGUCGUCGUCGCUAUUCUCCGGAGGAUGCAAAGGAUCGAUCGCGGAGUGCAUAGCCGAGGAAGAAGAGAUGGAGUUCGAUUCGGAUAUCAGCAGGCGUAUAUUAGCGCAGAAGAAGUACGUUAGCUACGGUGCGAUGAGGAAGAACAGUGUGCCUUGCUCUCGACGUGGUGCUUCGUACUACAACUGUCAGCGUGGAGCUCAGGCGAAUCCUUACCGCCGUGGAUGCAGCGCCAUCACUAGGUGCAGGCGUUGAAAGAUGAGUUUUGAGUUUUUCUCACACUCUUAAAAAUUCCUAUUUUGCCCUCCUUCUUUUGUGUUUAUUUUUUUAAUUAUUAUUUUUUUCUUCCGGGAUAUAUGGGUUUGAUUGAUUUACACAUUUGGAAACUAUCAUAGUAACAAAACAAAAAAAAAUUGCUUCUUGUUUUUUACUUUUUAUUUUGGUUUGUUCCAUAAAUAUACAUAAUAUUUAAAUAAAUAAUUCAAAGUUGCGUAGAUUAAAAUUAAGUUAUUAUUAGUUCGAAAAGUGGGGUGAUUUUGAGAUCUGUGCCUAGUUUUGUGUGUGUGUGUUGAUUACCGUUAAUUUAAUUUUAUUUGAAUCUGA